AUGUCCGAGAAUAGCGAGUCGCAAGGGCGUGCACAGGCUGCAGACCACCGCUCGCUUGCGCCAGAGAAACCGCAUAUCUCGAGAGGACUGUCGGACAACUUUAGUGUGGCGGAGAAGCAGGAGUCAGAGCCGACGAGCAAAGAUGGAGGAGCGGAUACCCAGACUCAACCGUCCACGGCCACGGCUCCUACAGCAGGAAAGCAAGAUGAGGCGCUGAAGGAUGCCGCCAAAAUGAGUGAAAGUGCAUCCGGUCCCGCGGUAUCAGAUGCAGAUCAUGGAGAGAUGGCGAGGGACGUCGAAAGGAGAGCGAGCGAACAUCUCGCAAAGCGGGCUGCCGAGAUGAGUCUAGAUGAGGGAGAGGAACGGCCAAGCUCUAGCGCUGUCUCGACUACUUCGAGGGAGAAGGAGAGUUUGCCAGAGACUCCUCCACCUCCUAUUCCUCCGCGGAAGGACAGUGUAGCAGCUCCCAAGCAACAAGACGCAGAUGCGGAGUAUGAGGAGAAGCACCCGCCGCCCGCGCCUGGUGAGGAAACAUCCAACGACGUGCCCGAGGCUCCCCAGGGCACCACAGAACCGACCGGAGCCGAGAUUCAGAAUAUUCUGGAUCAGUUUGCAGAAGGCGGUCCCGGCGAGUCGGAGAUCAUGUCUCCUCUGUUGGAACGUCAACAGCCAAUGCUAGUACUACCACCACGAUCCUCGAGCCUCGAGAAGCAGCCAUCGUAUACCUUGAGUCAGCAGUCGACUGGACAGAGCGUCCCUUCACCCAUCAGCCGCCAAGGUACCGGCGGUUCGAUGUCUGUCUCGAGCAUCAACCGAGUCAAAUCAGAUGACCAGGAGUCGAUCGCAUCUGGCAAAGCGGGCUCUAUAUUCCAACCUCCGCCUCCAUCCCCGGAUCCUGAGCCCGCCUUGCCAUUCGACUUUCAUAGAUUCUUAGAACAGCUCCGGCAUAAGUCAGCAGAUCCUGUUGCAAGGUUUCUCCGGUCAUUCCUGACAGAGUUUGGUAAAAAGCAGUGGGCGAUUCACGAGCAAGUAAAAAUCGUGUCCGACUUUUUGGAAUUCAUUGCCAAGAAGAUGGGCCAGUGCGAGGUAUGGCGGACCGUGUCAGAUGCCGAGUUUGACAACGCGAGAGAGGGCAUGGAGAAGCUGGUCAUGAACAGGCUGUACUCGCAGACCUUUUCUCCGGCCAUCCCUGCUGCAACAGAAAGUCCCAGGAAAGGCGCUCGUGGGGGUAGAUCCGCAGUCGACCAGGCGAGUCCGCACGGGCCUGGACGAAGAGGCCAACAUCAGGAAGACGUCGAGCGCGAUGAGGUGAUUGCCCAAAAGAUCAAGAUCUAUGGCUGGAUUCGUGAUGAGCAUCUGGAUAUCCAACCAAUUGGAGACAAGGGCAGGAAAUUCCUCACCCUGGCGCAACAGGAGCUUUUGAAAAUCAACACAUACCGAGCGCCACGUGACAAAGUCAUUUGUGUGCUAAAUUGCUGCAAGGUCAUCUUCGGUUAUCUUCGAAAUUCCAAGUCUGACCAAUCUGCGGAUGCAUUCAUCCCAGUGCUUAUAUACACGGUGCUGCAAGCGCGCCCGGAACACUUGGCGAGCAACGUGCAAUACAUCUGGCGGUUUAGGAACCAGGAAAAGCUUGGCGGCGAGACGGGCUAUUACAUGUCCUCGCUUAUGGGCGUAGUCACUUUCAUCGAGAAUCUGGAUCGUACGAACUUGACCAUCACCGACGAGGAAUUUGAGAAGAAUGUGGAGCAGGCCGUGAGUGCUAUAGCAGAGAAGAAUCGUGCAGAAGAAUACGAAGAGAAGGCGCAUUCGCCUGCCACGGCGGGGCCCAUGCAGCACUUGAGUGAGAAAGCCUCGCUGAGCAGACCGGAGGUGACGCCUCGCAAUAGCCAGGACGGUGAAAGGUCAACACCUCGGAGGAACGUCAGCCAGCGACUGAAUGAGAAGGCUGCGCAGAAUAGAAGCGAUAACGAGGACGACGGCGACUUGGACGCUGUGACUGGGCUGCUCCGCAGCAUACAGAAGCCCCUCAGCAGCAUCGGGCGCAUCUUCUCGGACGAUGCGACAAUCGAGAAGAUCGCUGGCUCAAGACCAGCUAGCACACCGCAGCUGGGCUCAACGCCUCGGGGUCUGAGUCCAGCGCCUCGAAUUGAGCGCAGACCAAGUGAGGAGAGGCGAGCUUCAGCGGAGAGGCAGAGGAUAGCAGAGGACGCGGCGGCCAGACAGGCCAGCGCGGAAGCGGCGCAGGCCCAACAGCUGAGGGUCCGGGAACAUCGAGUUGUUGUUGAGUGAGUUGAGCCACUUCAUGCGCAUUGAGGAGCCUGGCUGACCAUUCGCAGAACACUGCAAGGCAUGUUCCCGAACCUCGACAGAGAGGUGAUUGCAGAUGUCGUGCGAGCCGAAGAAGGAAAUGUGGGAAGGGCAGUGGAUGCUUGUCUAGCAUUAUCGAGCGGUUGA